AUGGUCAAGUUCUGCGGUAAAGACUCCUUCCAUAUCCGAGUCAGAGUACAUCCUUUCCACGUUCUUCGAAUCAACAAAAUGUUGUCGUGUGCAGGCGCUGAUCGUCUGCAGACCGGAAUGAGAGGUGCGUUCGGAAAACCCCAGGGUACAGUUGCCAGAGUAAACAUCGGGGAGUCUCUCCUGUCUAUCCGAUGCAAGGAAACACAUGAGGCUUCAGCUACUGAGGCUCUCAGGAGAGCAAAGAUGAAGUUCCCUGGAAGGCAGAAGAUUUAUCCCAGCCGAAACUGGGGAUUCACCAAAUUCCCAAGGGCAAUUUACGAAGAAUGGAGGAGUUGCAAAAGGCUCAUUCCAUCCGGUGCUCACGCCAAGUAUAUUUCCGAUCACGGACCCCUGUCUGCUUGGAAGAAAAUCCAUGCCGAUGAUUAA